UGCCGUUGGGUGAGGCGCGGAGGGAAGUGGAAACUGCUCAGGUGGGGCCAGGCCGACCCGGCGCAGGGGGCGCCCGGGGCUCCGAGAAGAAAAAGAUGGAUACUACGAUGCUGAAUUUGCGGAAUCUGUUUGAGCAGCUUGUACGCCGGGUGGAGAUUCUCAGUGAAGGAAAUGAACUCCAGUUCAUCCAGUUAGCAAAGGACUUUGAGGAUUUCCGAAAAAGGUGGCAGAGAACAGACCACGAGCUGGGGAAAUACAAGGAUCUCUUGAUGAAAGCAGAAACUGAGCGUAGUGCUCUGGAUGUUAAGCUGAAGCAUGCCCGCAAUCAAGUGGAUGUAGAGAUCAAACGGAGACAGCGAGCUGAGGCUGACUGCGAAAAGCUGGAAAGACAGAUUCAGCUGAUACGAGAGAUGCUCAUGUGUGACACAUCUGGCAGCAUUCAACUAAGUGAGGAGCAAAAAUCAGCUCUGGCUUUUCUCAACAGAGGCCAACCACCCAGCAGCAAUGCUGGAAACAAAAGACUGUCAACUAUUGAUGAAUCUGGUUCCAUUUUAUCAGAUAUCAGCUUUGACAAGACUGAUGAAUCUCUGGAUUGGGAUUCUUCUUUGGUAAAGACUUUCAAACUGAAGAAGAGAGAAAAGAGGCGUUCUAGUAGCCGACAGUUUGUUGACGGUCCCCCUGGACCUAUAAAGAAGAAUCGUUCCAUUGGUUCCACAGUAGAGCAGGGGAAUGAAUCCAUAGUUGCAAAAACUACAGUGACUGUUCCCAACGAUGGCGGGCCCAUCGAAGCCAUGUCCACCAUUGAGACAGUGCCAUACUGGACCAGAAGCCGGAGGAAGACAGGUGCUUUACAACCCUGGAACAGUGACUCCACCUUGAGCAGCAAGCAGCUGGAGCCAAGAAGUGAAACAGACAAUCCCAGCACUCCACAGAGUAACGGAGGGAUGCGCCUGCAUGACUUUGUCUCUAAGACGGUUAUUAAACCCGAAUCUUGUGUUCCAUGUGGAAAGCGGAUAAAAUUUGGCAAGCUGUCUCUGAAGUGUCGAGACUGUCGUGUGGUCUCUCAUCCAGAGUGUCGGGACCGCUGCCCCCUUCCCUGCAUUCCUACCCUGAUAGGAACACCUGUCAAGAUCGGAGAGGGAAUGCUGGCAGAUUAUGUGUCCCAGACUUCCCCAAUGAUCCCCUCCAUUGUUGUCCACUGUGUAAAUGAGAUUGAGCAGAGAGGGCUGACUGAGACAGGCCUGUAUCGGAUCUCAGGCUGUGACCGGACAGUAAAAGAGCUAAAAGAGAAAUUCCUCAGAGUGAAAUCUGUGCCCCUCCUCAGCAAAGUGGAUGACAUCCAUGCUGUCUGUAGCCUCCUGAAAGACUUCCUUCGAAACCUCAAAGAACCCCUUCUGACCUUCCGGCUAAACAAAACCUUUAUGGAAGCAGCAGAAAUCGCAGAUGAGGACAACAGCAUAGCUGCCAUGUACCAGGCUGUUGGUGAACUGCCCCAGGCCAACAGAGACACAUUAGCUUUCCUCAUGAUUCAUCUGCAGAGAGUGGCUCAGAGCCCAAGCACCAAAAUGGACAUUGCCAAUCUGGCUAAAGUCUUUGGUCCUACAAUAGUUGCCCAUGCUGUGCCCAAUCCAGAUCCAAUGAUAAUGUUACAAGACAUCAGACGUCAGCCCAAGGUAGUGGAACGCCUGCUCUCACUGCCCCUGGAAUACUGGAGUCAGUUCAUGAUGGUGGAACAAGAGAACAUUGACCCCAUGCAUGUCAUUGAAAACUCAAAUGCCUUUUCUACGCCACAGACACCAGAUAUUAAAGUGAGUUUACUGGGCCCUGUGACCACUCCUGAGCAUCAGCUUCUCAAGACUCCUUCAUCUAGCUCCCUGUCGCAGAGAAGAGUCCGCUCCACCCUCACCAAGAACACUCCCAGAUUUGGGAGCAAGAGCAAGUCUGCCACAAACCUAGGACGACAAGGCAACUUUUUUGCCUCUCCAAUGCUCAAGUGAAGUCACGUCUCCAGUUACUUCCUGGCAUUUACUGACGGCAAGGAAGGGCACCUGUACUCUCUGUUCGGCAGCCUCCUGUACUCAUUACUACUUUUAGCAUUCUCCAGGCUUUUAAUCAAGUUUAAUUGUGCAUGGGGGUUUUAUUAAAACUAUAUAUAUCUCUCUCUGCUUCUCAAGUAACAUAAUAUCAACACCUUGUGCUGUCAUUGGUGGGAGCUUUUAGAUGGGAGAUCUUUACAGGGGUGGAAGGGAUAAUACAGAAUUCAUCAUGAUUUUUUUGGGGGCUGGGGUGGGCAUCCCUUUGGCUUAAAGCCAAAUGCUAUUCAUGAAAUGACCUUUCUCUGGUGUUAUUUAGAACAGAUAUCCAUGAGACAAUGGCAGAAGCCUUACCUCUUUGGUAAGACUGACUUAUCUCAGUGGGACGGGGGAGGGCAGGUAAAGAAAGUUUGGACAGAGGGUUUUGAACAGCUCCUUCUGAGAACUUGGAGGCACCCUUCCCCCAUUAUGAACUGAGUUAUGACCUGCAGCCUUCCUAAAAAUGGGAUGGGGUGAAGACGAAACUAGUAAUGGGAAUAUACUUAGCUUUAAUUUGGAUUGAUUAGGUUUAAUAGUAUUAAGUGGCAUGACCUUGUCAAAGUGAUAUUACAACUUGUAUUUAUCUCUAACGGGCCUCUGGCUGGACUUCGGGUUUUGUUGGGGUCAAAGCCAUUUUGUUCUUAAGCUGAACUCAUUCUGAUGCUGGGCUCCCCACCCCCUUGUCCAUUGGAGCCCUACUUCUAAAGGUCAGUAUGCUGCCUAUUUGGCAUCCCAACUAACAAUUAAGAGUAAGUAGGCUCUAAGGGAAGAUUGUCAAUAUUUUGUGUGGCAGAAAAGCCAGUAAUUUUGUCUUUGCACUUUGGUUGCUGAAAUCUUCCUAUGGAACAUAGCACAUCUGGAUAAAUAUGAGCUUUUUCUUCUAUUAAAACUAUUUCCAGUAUUAUAAAAAUGUUUUCUUCAAUAGAAUGUUUCUCACCCAUAGUGACCCUUGUCUAUAAAACACAUAUUUGGAAUAACAUUUGGAAAAAAGUAAAUAGUUUUUUCAAAAUGAA